AUGAGCUCCGCAGCACUCACGCUCCCCGCCGCGCAAGACAAGCCCGUCUACGCCGCCUCCUCCACCACCACCACCACCUCCCUCGAGGCCAAAGAGGACAAGGACAGCGAUGUGCUCUACACAGUCAACGACCUCCUCGUGCACCGCGCCAGGACCGCGCCGGACGUGCCGCUGGUCUCGUAUCCAGCCUCCGAGAGCGGGCUGACGGACUAUGUGGACUACACGGCGCGGAUGCUGGAUGGCUUUGCGGAGGGGACGGCGAGGGGGUAUCUCGGUCUUGGGCUGGCCCCUAAUGACCCCUUCGACGGCGAACGAACAGUGGUGGCCCUCCUGGCCCCCUCAGACAUCGACUACAUCGCGACCCUCUUUGGUCUCCAGCGCCUCGGCUUCUCCGUCCUCCUCCUCUCGAACCGCCUCUCCGCACACGCCGUCUCGGCCCUCCUCACAAGCACGAAAUGCACAACCAUCAUCACAACGCCCGCCUUCGCCCCGCUCCUCACAGCGGUGAGAGCAGCGAAGCCGGCGCUCCGCUCAUUCACAAUCAUCCCAAAGAGCACCUAUGCCGCGAAGCAGCCGCACCCGCAGCCCCGCUUAACGCUCCACCGCUCCACAGCAGCUGAGGCGGCGAAGAUCGCGUUCAUCGUCCACUCAUCUGGCUCAACGGGGCUUCCAAAACCAAUCUUCCAGACCCAUGCGGCGUGCCUAUUCAACUACUCGUCCUCCUUCCCGCUCCGCGGCUUCAUCACGCUGCCCCUAUACCACAACCACGGCAUCUCCUCCUUCAUGCGCGCCGUCUUCUCCUCCAACGUCAUCUCCUUCUUCAACCCCGGCCUGCCCCUCACCGGCGCAAACCUGGCCACCGCAAUGGAGCACACCCGCCCGCAGAUCUUCUACGGCGUCCCCUACGCACUCAAGGUCCUCGCCGAGACGCCCCGCGGCAUCGCGGCUCUGCGCUCAUGCCAGCUUGUGCUCUUCGGCGGCAGCAGCUGCCCGGACGAGCUCGGCGAUAGGCUGGUGGCGGCCGGCGUCAGCCUGGUUGGCCAUUACGGCGCUACGGAGACGGGGCAGCUGAUGACGUCGUUUCGGCCGGCGGGCGAUGAUGCGUGGAACUAUGUGCGGGUGCCGAAGCCGCUGGAGCCGUAUCUGCUCAUGGACCGUGUGGCGGGGAGCGAUGCGUAUGAGGUUGUGGUGAGGGACGGGUGGAAGGCGAAGGUUUGUAGCAACUCGGAUGAUCCGCCGAAUAGUUUCCGCACGAGAGACCUGUUUGUGAAGCAUGCGGCGAUCGAGGGCGCGUGGAAGUAUCUGGGCCGCAUUGACGACCGCGUGACGCUGGUGAACGGGGAGAAGGUGCUACCUAUCCCGAUUGAAGGACGUGUCAGGGAGCAUCCGCUCGUGAAGGAAUGUGUGGUCUUCGGGAUUGGUAAGAGCGUGCCCGGCAUCCUGCUGAUACCCAGUGAGCACGCCGCGGACAUGAGCGAUGAUGAAAUCCGCGAUAGCGUCUGGCCGGCAAUCGAAGAUGCAAACACGCGCGCAGAGUCGUUCUCGCAGAUAUCAAAAGAGAUGGUUGGGAUCGUGGCCCGCGGCGUCGACUACCCCAGCACCGACAAGGGCACUGUGAUCCGCGCCGCAUUCUAUAAGCAGUUCGAACCCGAGAUCUCCGCCAUCUAUGCCGCGUUCGAGAACACCGCCGAGGGGACACUGGUGCUCGACAUUCCUGGGCUCGAGACAUUCCUGCUCUCGCUGUUCAAAGAAACGGGUGUGGAGCUUGAGUCCACGACGUCGGAUUUCUUCUUGGCGGGCGUGGACAGUCUGCGUGCCAUCAGCGUAUGGAACAAGCUCAAGAAGACGCUGAGCUUCAGUGGAAACAGCGGAAAGCUCUCGCAGAUUGUGGUGUUCGAGCAGCCGAAUGUCCAGUGUCUGGCGCGGUACCUGUACGCGCUGCGGACGGGCAGCGAGAUCGACGUUGUCGACGACGUCGCGGUCAUGAAGCGCCUGGUAGAGAAAUACUCGGUCUUUGAACCGCAUGUGCCCGGGAACGCCGUUGUGGACGGGGAGACAGUGAUUUUGACGGGAACAACGGGCUCCCUCGGCGCACACAUCCUGGCGCAAAUUCUGCCACUCGAGAGCGUGAAGCGCGUCUACUGCCUUGUCCGCGCUCCGUCGCCGGCGGAAGCACUAACCCGCGUGCACAAUUCCCUCGCCCAACGCAGCCUCCAGCCCUCGCCCGCGCAGCAAUCAAAAGCCACCGCCCUCCCCAGCGACUUCAGCCGCCCUGACCUCGGCCUCGACGCAGCUACACUCUCCCAUCUCCGCAACACUCUUACGGCCGUGGUCCACAGCGCAUGGGCCGUAAAUUUCAACAUGGGCGUCGCCUCAUUUGAGACCCACCACAUCGCUGGCGCACAUAACUUCCUUCGCCUGUGUCUAUCCGUGAAUACACCUCGCCCGGCGCGCUUCUUCUUCUGCAGCUCCAUCUCGGCGGCUGCAGGAACGCCGCUGCCAGCACGGAUUAAGGAGACACAGGUACCGGAGCUGGCGCACGCGCAGGGGAUGGGGUAUGCGAGGUCGAAGCUGGUGACGGAGAGGAUAGUGGGUGCGGCAGCGAGUAAGACUGGUGUACAUGCUAGGGUUUUGAGAAUUGGGCAGAUCGUGGGAGAUAGCAAGGUGGGCGUGUGGAGUGGGACAGAGGCGAUCCCGUUGAUGCUUAGGAGUGCGGUUACAUUGGGCGUGUUGCCAGAUCUGGAUGAGACCCCAUCGUGGAUGCCGGUGGAUACAGUCGCACAGGCAGUCCUGGAACUAUCCGGUCUCUCCUGCCCCCUCCCACAGGACACACCGACCACCGUCUACCACGUCCUCAACCCCCAGGUCUUCUCCUGGACGCACGACCUCCUCCCCGCGCUCCGCGCCGCCGGCCUCGAGUUCGAGGUUGUCCCGCAGCGCGAGUGGGUGCAGAGGCUGCGCGAUGGGGACCAGGACCCCGUGAGGAAUCCGACGGUAAAGCUGACGAGGUUCUUUGAGGAUAAGUAUGACAAUGACAUGCCGGGGAGGAAGGGGCUGGAGUUUGAGACGGAGGUGACGAGGAGGUGGAGUCCUGCGGUGGGUGGGGCGGUGGAUGUGGUGGAGGGCGGGUUGGUGGAGAGGUUUGUGAAGAGGUGGACGGAGGGGGGGUGGUAG